AUCCGGCCUUUGAUUCGGUUCAAGUACAACUGCUUUAAGGGAACCCUUGAUUUUUUUCUUGCGGAUGUAUCGUUUGCUCGCUCGACCUCUUUCCCGUACCACCACCUUCCCUGUCCGUUCCUUCCGUUUCCCCAGAGCAACCAUGGCCACCGCCAACACGCCUGACUUUAACAAGCCCUUGUACGCCCCCUUGAGAGAGCUCGACCCCGAGGUCCAAAACAUCAUUGACAAGGAGACAUGGCGGCAGUACUCCGGCCUCGAGCUGAUUGCGUCGGAGAACUUGACCAGCCGGGCUGUGAUGGAGGCCAAUGGUUCCAUUCUCACCAACAAGUACUCUGAAGGUCUGCCCUCCGCUCGGUACUAUGGUGGUAAUGAGUACAUCGACGAGCUCGAGGUCCUGUGCCGCAAGCGGGCCCUGGAGGCGUUCCAUUUGGACCCGGCCAAGUGGGGGGUCAAUGUGCAGCCGUACUCUGGCAGUACCGCAAACUUCGCUGCUUUGACUGCCCUCCUGCAACCGCAAGAUCGGUUGAUGGGCCUGGGUCUCCCUGACGGUGGUCACUUAACCCACGGUUACUACACCGCCAAGAAGAAGAUCACUGCUUCCUCGAUCUACUUCCAGUCCUUCCCCUACAGCCUGGACCCCUCGACACAGCUCAUCGAUUACGAGGGCCUCUCCAAGCAGGCGAAAGUCUUCAAGCCCAGACUCGUCAUCUGCGGUGCCUCCGCUUAUCCCCGUGACUGGGACUACGCAGCUCUGCGCAAAGUCUGUGACGAGCACGGCGCCUUCCUGAUGGCCGACAUCGCCCACACCAGCGGUCUGGUCGCUGCGCAGGAGCUCAACAACCCCUUCGAGUACUGCGACGUGGUCACUACUACUACGCACAAGACCCUCCGCGGUCCCCGCGCCGGUCUCGUUUUCUUCCGCAAGGACUCGGCUCAGGCGAGCGACCUGGAGAAGCGGGUGAACGAGGCUGUCUUCCCAGCUUGCCAGGGUGGUCCUCACAACAACACUAUCGCCGGUAUUGCUACCGCCUUGUACCAGGCAUGCCAGCCUACGUGGAAGGCUUACGCGAAGCAGGUCAUCAAGAAUGCCCGUGCUCUGGCUGAGGCCCUCUCAUCGCACGGCUACAAACUGCAAACGGAUGGUACCGAUAAUCACCUGAUUCUCUGGGACCUGCGACCCUUGAAGCUCACCGGCAGCAAGGUCGAGAAGAUCUGUGAUCUGAUGCACAUCACCAUCAACAAAAACGCCGUGUCGGGCGACGCCAACGCCCAAGCGCCCGGCGGCAUCCGCCUCGGCACGUCCGCGCUCACCUCGCGCGACAUGCUCGAGGCGGACAUGAAGGUCGUCGCGGACUUCCUGCACCGCGCCGUGCAGCUCUCGCUCGAGCUCCAGCAGGAGGCGGGCAGCAAGCUGCUCAAGGACUUCGAGCGCGUCGCCGCGAAGAGCGAGAAGGUCGCAGUCCUGCGCCGCGAGGUGCGCGACUGGGCGCGGAAGUGGCCCCUGCCCGGCGUGGAUGUCUCCCAGCUGCAGAAGCCUGCUGGCUGGCACGACGAUUAGAUAAGAGGGUGCGUGUGGUGGAAGGGAGUUGCGGGUAUGGUACUAGAGAGCGCAUGGUCAUUACUGUAUAUCAAAGAUUCAACGUCGCGAAUCUUGGCACGAGACGGGCUUCAACGUCGUCUAGCCGCUUAUUCACUGCUGUAUCUGUAGGAUUCAUCUAUUGUUGUGCAUACUAGAUAGGCGCUACAUUCAUGGGCGUUGCUACAAUACAAGGGUGCUAAUGUAUGAACAGGAUGUCAUAGUGUGGAUGAUGAUGAGUGAUGAUGUGAAGAAUGAACUAGUGAUGAUGUGGGGCAUAUACUAUGAGAACAGCGAGAGCAGUGAGAUGAACGGCGAGGGAAGCAUAGAAAUGCGGAAAGCAAUAAAGAUAGCAAUAGAUAAUAGACUGCACCGUUUUUCAGCAGACUGGGGACCCGACGACACAGAGAACAAAAGGAAAUGGUACAAUCAGAGCGGAUGCUUCAUACCCAGAGGCGGGCCAUUACUGAGCUCCAACCCGACCUUCUGGACGAGCGACAUCCCGAGCGGCUCUAGCGCCUCCCGCCAGGUCUGCCGCCUCCGGCGGCCCUCGAAGAUACACCACGAGCGCUCACCCGUCUCGCCCUCCGGCCCGAAGACGAAGACAUUGUCCUCGUUCCACGGCGCCUCGCCGUACGCGAACGCGAUCCAGCGCUCCUGCACCGCGUCGCGCACGCGCGCGUACGAGUACUCGUCCACAACCGACAUCCCCCAGUCGGGGUCGUCGUACGAGCCCGAGCCCGAGCUCGCCGACGCGGACAUCAUC